CCAUCCUGCGAACUGUCCCUCAUAAAUAUCACCUGAUUAAGGUACCGAUGUCAUGGUCCGUUGCACAGAAUUACUGCAGGGUGAUGUACACCGACCUGGCAACGAUCCUAAGUGAUACUGACUGGUUAAGAUUGAAGAAAGAAGGAGCAAACAAAGGUCUGGCAACAUCUGCCUGGAUCGGAUUGUACAGCGAUAUCAAUAAUUGGCGCUGGUCCUUAAACGACCUCCCACUGAAGAAUGUCACUUUUGCGAACUGGAAACCUGGAGAGCCUAAUAAUUAUGUUGGGAAAGAAUCAUGUGGUAUAAUAAUGAGUAUAUACGGGUACUGGGGGGAUACACCAUGUGCAGAGCUAAGACCCUUCAUAUGUUACAAUGCUAGUUUCAGUGGCUCUGACAGGUUCAUCGGCAUCUCUAGUCCUCGCCUGACCUGGCCUGACGCUCAGGCUUACUGCCGAACACAUCACACAGACUUGGCCAGCUCUCUUAACAGCUCAGAUAAUGACUUGAUUACGCAGGUGAGGAAUCGCCAGGGUGAUUCCUGGAUUGGGUUAUACAGAGACUUGUGGAAGUGGUCAGAUGGGACCAACGCUUCAAACCUCCCAUGGGCUCCUGGACAACCGGAUAAUUACGGAGGAAUUGAGAACUGUGCAGUGGUUUAUAACGGACUGUUCAAUGACGUACCCUGCACCAACCAGUACUAUUUCUUCUGUCACACCAUUCCACCAGUGAGGGAACAGCAGAUCAUGAGACUGCAGGUGAAGUCUGAUGGGAGUGUGUCUGAUCCUGCUGUGCAGUCGUCCAUUUUUGAGCAGAUCAAGCAGAAACUGGAGGAAAAUGGCAUGUUGGAGAACAUCACAGUGACCUGGAAGGUGCAGCCAGAUGGAAACAUCUUCCACAAGAAAAAAAAGGAUGAUCUGUAA